AUGGAAUUCAAAACUUAUUAUCAUUAUCAUUUCAACUUCUUUUUUAUCAUUUUAUUAUCAUUAUUUUCUCUAACAACACUAACACCACUUCCCAACAGAAGAAACCUGCACCAACCGUUUUUGUUUCCAGUAAGUUCUGCUCCGCCGCCGGAGCUCUAUCCUCCUCCGCCUCCGGAUACAACUCCCUCCUCCCCUGACAUUCCAUUUUUCAAUGAGUUUCCAGCAGGAACACCACCGCCUCCCGUGGAAAACAACCAGAAUGUACCGUCGUCAUCCUACAACGCUACAAUUGCAAAUCCGACGGCGACGAAACCUGCGGAGCCUGCUAAGAAAGUUGCGAUUGCGGUUUCCAUUGCAUUUUCGUUAUUUGUGAUGUUCUCUGUAGUCGCUUUCUUCUUGUAUAAGCAGAGAACUAAACCUUCUUCGGAAUCGGAUAAAAUGAAGCUCGUCGGUGAGAAUUCUCAAAGAGUUCUAGAAGAUUCCACGAUGGCUCCACAACAGCCUUCAAGUUUCCUCUACAUUGGAACUGUGGUAGAACCAAACGGAACGUCGGUAGGUGUAGCUAACCCUCACAAGAUUAAUCCUAUCGGUAACCGUUACCGGCCGAGUCCCGAGUUGCAUCCGUUGCCGCCUCUUACGAAGUCUCUCGUUGUGGAUAGUCACUCGCCACCGGCGGUGUCGUCGUCAUCUUCGUCGGAUAACGAUGAAAGCCGCGAGACGGAGAUGGAGUUCCAUUCACCGCAGGAGUCUUCUUCUCAUAAUCUCAGCCGUGAAGAAAGCUAUUAUACGCCGGUUUCGCGUCAGAGUUCUCUUGCAAACGGAAGCCCUACAGCGCCGGUUUCGGUUUCUCCGGUGGUUCCUUUUUCGAAGAGAACUUCUCCGAAAUCUCGAUUAUCUGGUUCUCCGCCGGAUAUCAAACACGCGAUGAUACCUUCGAUUAAGCAAGUUGAGAAAGAAGCGACGUUAGGUGGUCCUUCUAGAAGACCGAAAUUCUCAUCGCCGCCACCAGCGCCCAAUUUGACGCAUCUUCAUUCAAAUGACUUAAGGGAUUCACUCAGUUUACCUCCUCCACCUCCACCACCUCCGCCUCCGAGAAAUUUUAGGUCGCCGGUAGUUAGUGCAUCUUCUUCUUCUGCUUCACGAAAGUAUCAAUGGACUCAGCCACGAAGUCAUGGAGAGGAUUCUGCAUCUGGUAACAGUUUGAAUGUCAAGAAAGUUUCGAAGGAAGAUGAUGAAAUUGAAAUGGAUGAGGGAAAACCUAAGUUGAAACCUCUGCAUUGGGAUAAAGUGCGUGCUACUUCAGAUCGUGCUACUGUAUGGGACCAAUUAAAAUCGAGCUCAUUUCAGUUAAACGAGGACAUGAUGGAGACUCUGUUUGGUUGUAAUUCAUUAAAUUCUGCACCGAAACCUAAAGAAAUGUCUGUUAACAGGAAACCAGUUUUUGCCUCAGUUGAACAAGAGAAUAGGGUGUUAGAUCCAAAAAAAUCCCAAAACAUAGCUAUACUACUCAGGGCAUUGAAUGUCACAAGAGAUGAGGUUUCUGAAGCUCUUUUAGAUGGGAAUCCUGAAGGUUUGGGUGCUGAGUUACUGGAAACAUUAGUUAAGAUGGCUCCAACAAAGGAGGAGGAAAUAAAAUUAAAACAUCAUGAUGGUGAUCUUUCAAAACUUGGGCCUGCAGAAAGAUUUCUUAAAGCAGUGCUUGAUGUCCCUUUAGCUUUUAAAAGAGUUGAAGCCAUGCUAUACAGAGCUAAUUUUGAAACAGAAGUUAACUACCUUAAGAAAUCCUUUCAAACCCUGGAGGCAGCAAGCGAGGAACUAAAGAACAGCCGAUUAUUCCUCAAACUCCUUGAAGCUGUUCUCAGGACAGGAAAUAGAAUGAAUGUUGGAACCAAUCGCGGUGAUGCUAAAUCUUUCAAACUAGAUACACUCCUGAAACUUGCAGAUAUAAAAGGAACUGAUGGGAAGACCACAUUGCUCCAUUUUGUUGUUCAAGAAAUUAUUAGAUCUGAAGGUACAGGUGGUGAAUCUGCAAAUGAGAAUGUUCAAAGCCAAACAAAUUCCCAGUUCAACGAGGAUGAGUUCAAAAAGAAAGGAUUACAGGUUGUGGCUGGAUUAAGUAGAGACUUUGGUAAUGUAAAAAAGGCAGCAGGAAUGGACUCAGAUGUCUUAAGCAGCUAUGUAAUAAAGCUUGAAAUGGGGCUUGAUAAAGUGAGAUUGAUUUUGCAGUAUGUAAAACCAGAUAUGCAAGGGAACUUCUUUAACUCAACAGAGAUAUUUAUGAAAGAUGCCGAAGAGAAAAUAUUAAGGAUCAAAGCUGAUGAGAUAAGGGCCUUAUUCCUUGUGAAAGAAGUUACAGAAUACUUUCAUGGGGAUACAACAAAGGAAGAAGCCCACCCUUUCAGAAUUUUUAUGAUUGUAAGAGACUUCCUAAAUAUUUUGGAUCAAGUUUGCAAAGAAGUGGGAAAGAUGCAGGAUAGAACUGCAACCAAUUCAUCCAGAUCGUUUAGGAUUGCCGCAAGUGCAUCGUUACCUGUUCUCAACAGGUACCGUGCAAGACAAGACACAAGUUCAGAUGAGGAAAGUUUAUCACCCUAG